UCUGCAGGACUUCCUUGAGUUUCACAAGGUGGAGAUGCUGCAGAUCUUGUGUCUGUGUCUGGCCCUCUGUGGCCCGCUGACUGGCAUUCGGGCGGAGCCUGGGGCACUGCUGCGGUUGGGCAUGGACAUCCUGAAUCACGAAGUCCAGAGUGCCAUGGAGGAGAGUCAGAUCCUGGAGAAGAUGGCAGCCGAGGCUGGUGCAAAGCGACCAGGGGCCAAACCUAUCAAAGGCCUCAGCAACGUGAAGGUCAAGGACGUCCUUGUACCCGUCAUCACAUUGAACUUUGUGCCUGGAGUGGGCAUUUUCCAGUGUGUGUCCACAGGCAUGACCAUCACCGGCAAGAGCUUCACAGGGGCCAACAUGGAGAUCACUGUGGUUCUGAACAUCACAGCCACCAACCGGCUUCUGCAAGAUGAGGAGACAGGCCUCCCCAUGUUCAAAAGCGAGGACUGUAAGAUCAUUUUGGGCAGCAUGAAGACCAACCUGCCUAGCAACAUGAUGCCCAAGGUGAUCAACAAGUUCAUAGACAGCACCCUGCACAAAGUCCUCCCCGACCUGAUGUGCCCAGCCAUUGAUGCGGUCCUGGUGUAUGUGAACAAGAAGUGGGCCAGCAUGCACAAUGUCCUGCCUGUGGGCCAGAUGGGCACGGUCCAAUACGUCCUGGCGUCCUCACCGGCCACCACUGCCAGCCACAUCCAGGUGGACUUCAGUACCGUGGUGCAGCCUCAGAAGGGCAAGGCCAUCCAGGCUGAUGGCGACGGGGUGGCACCCGGGUUCCCCGAGGACUCUGUCAAAGACUCGUCACAGCUGCUGCUGUCAGCUGCCUUCCUCACCGCGGAGCUGGCGCUUCUGCAGAAGUCCUUGGAUGUGAAAAUCAAGGGCAAGAAGAUUGGUGAGCUUCCCCCACAAACCACAAAGACCCUGGCUGGCUUCAUUCCACAAGUGGCUGAGGCCUAUCCCAAGUCAAAGAGCUUGGUGACCCAGAUCAGGAUAAAGAAGCCCCCCAAGGUCACCAUGGAGCCCGGCAAGAGUCUGCUGCACCUCCAUGGCACUCUGGAGAUGUUUGCAGCUAAGCGCAAGGGCAAGGCCCCCGUGUCUCUCUUUCUCCUGGAGACGCACUUCAGUCUGGAUGUCCAGUACUCAGUGCAUGAGAAUCGACUACAGAUGAUUACCUCUCUGGACAGAUUACUGGGACUGUCCCGGGGGUCCUCAUCAGUUGGUGACUUUAAUGCCAAGGACUUAACUGGCUUCACCACUGACUACCUCCAAGAAGCCUAUCUCCCCAGGGUGAAUGAUGUACUCCAAGUGGGAUUCCCACUGCCAGACCUUCUGGCUAUCAAUUACAACAUGGCUGAAAUGAACAUAGUAGAGAACGCCCUGGUGCUGGACUUGAAGCUGGACUGACCGCAGCAGGAUUCCUGGCCAGCUGUCCACAGCACACCACAGAGAAGCCCCUGAGCAGAGUUGCUGGGCAGGUCUUCUUGCACGGUGGCUGCUUUCCUGGCCAG